AUCGUGGCAAAAUCCUGGACACAUGUUUGCGUCUGUCUCAUACAGUACAACUACCAAGAAAAUUUCAAGCCCCAGGCUUGCCUCACUGUAUAUUGGUAAUCCUUUUUCUGGCGACCUUGAAAAUUCGUAACUUUUUUGUUUUGUUGAUAAAAGCUUGAAAAUUCGUAAUUAGUAACCAUCCAUCCAUCUGAUCCCUUGGGCAAUGACAAAUAAAAAAACUAGGAAAAUAUGGAAAUAGAUCCGUUCAUUCUUUAACAUUUAUUUCCUGGACUGCAUCUUCGAACAUUCGGAGUUUCAAACUAGUCAGCUCGCCAGUGGUCUCACAGUCAUGGAGCUAGCCAUUUCCUCUUCCUCCGUCGCAGGCUCAGAUUUCAGAUGUAUAUUCUCUUCAAAGAAGACCGCGGGUCUAUCGAACUCCAGUAGAUUAAGAUACCAUCAUGGGAUUUCGGAUAAAUACUUACAUAUCCUCACCCCGUCUCAUACCCCACGUCCUAAAAUGGUGGCAUCGGCAACAAAGAUGGUUUCUAGUGCGUAUAGAGGCAGAGAUGGCAAUAUCAGAUUCAAUAACAAGAUACUAAAGCUGGAUUCCUGUUUGGUGAUCCCGCCUACACUCAAUCGUGGCAAGCCUCGCGCCAUCAUCAAAUUCUUAGGCGGUGCUUUCAUUGGCGCUGUCCCUGAAGUAACUUACGGUUAUUUAAUUGAGUAUCUGGCAAAGGAAGGUUUUCUUGUUGUUUUGGUGCCUUAUAAUGUGACAUUUGACCAUGCACAAGCUGCCAAACAAGUGCAUGAAAGGUUCCAGGCUUGCUUGGAUGCAAUCCUGACUUCUGGUCUGCCUCAAGCCAAUUUGUCACCUUCCCAGCUCGGAAACCUUCCGCUUUUCUCUGUUGGCCACAGCAACGGUGCGCUUCUUCAGCUGCUUAUUGGAAGCUAUUUUUCUGAGAAGAUACCCAAGGCUAAUGUCAUAAUCUCAUACAACAACAGGCCGGCUACAGAGGCAGUUCCUUACUUUGAGCAGUUGGGUCCUGUAGUCAGCCAGGUGAUGCCGGCUGUGGAAGCAACUCCUGUAUAUGCAAUGGCUAGAAGUGCAACAGGAGAUGCAUGGAAGACGAUGCUGGAUGCUGUUGGAUCAAUUGUACAGGAAACUGAGCGGGAAGUUCUAACUUCAUUGACUAAAUUUGUUGAUCAGUUGCCAUCAGUAAUGAAUGAGGUAACACAAGGGGUGUCAGAGUUUAGGCCAACUCCAUCUGAAAACCGUGAUUGCUUCAAAAGUUCAUACAGUGUUGAACACACAUUGCUGGUGAAAUUCAGUUCUGACACAAUUGAUGAGACCGAUAUACUUGAAGAAACAUUGAAGCCCCGUGUGGAUUCUUUGGGUGGUACACUAGAAAAAGUACAAUUAAGUGGUAACCACAUCACGCCCUGCAUACAGGAUCCGAAAUGGCAAGUGGGCGACUUGUAUACUCCAGCAGAUGCUAUUGCUCAACGCCUCAAGUCUCUUUCUUUGAAUGAAACUAAAAUGCUUGCUAGAACUAUAAGUGACUGGUUCAGGCGUUUCGAGAGUUGAAGUGACAGGGGAAACUCGUAUAUUUCAGAAACGGGAUAGCAUUCAUGGGAAACUAAUAUCCAAACAUUACAGGUUUCCAUGCUGUGCAUACAAAUUUGAAGAUAAAAACGAGUAUCACAUUUGCGGUCGUAGUGGACGUAUAAUUUAGUCUCAUUCAUCGUCUUAACAUGACUAGCCAUGGACUCGCCUCUAUACAAGAGUGGGAAAAAGAGUAGACAGCUUUAAAUGAUUGUGUGAUGGCUCGUUCAUGCAAUCCGGUCCAUUAGCCUCUGCAUGCCAAGUUGAAUUGAUAAACACUAAUACUGCUUGCGCAUUAUUAUGCAGUCCGUAUUUUUGUUGUGUUCGUAA